GCCGUGGAGUUAUCUAAUCUAACUCGCUCGAGAGCAAAUCAUGAGUUCUCCUGUUAUUAAAGUGAAGCAAGGGGAAUUGCGAGGAACGACGUUGGAAAGCGUUUUAGGCCCUUCAUAUUUCGCGUUUAAGGGAAUACCGUUCGCUGCGCCACCUGUCGGCAGCCUCAGAUUUAAGGACCCGCAGCCUCCGGCAGGGUGGAGUGGCGUAAGAGAUGCAUCGAAACAUGCUGGGGAUGUUUGCGCACAACAGAUGCAACUUCCACCCUUCAGCUUUUUCGGGGAUGAGGAUUGUCUCUACCUUAAUGUCUACACGACUUCCUUGGAUGAGAAAAGACCGGUUAUGGUUUGGAUCCAUGGCGGUGGAUUCACCGGCGGAUCCGGAAACGAGACUUUCGUCGGACCGGAUUACUUAAUCAAAGAAAACGUCAUCCUAGUUACAUUUAAUUACCGCCUCGGUGUCCUUGGAUUCUUAAAUUUGGACCAUAAACUCGCUCCCGGUAAUCAAGGACUGAAGGACCAGGUGGCAGCACUGUCGUGGGUUAAAGAAAAUAUACCAGCUUUCGGUGGGGACCCUGAAAAUGUUACUAUAUUCGGGGAAAGUGCAGGUGGCGCCUCCGUGCACUACCUAACACUAUCGCCACUAGCAAAAGGUCUUUUUCAUAAAGCAAUUAUGCAAAGUGGCACGGCCACAUGCGAAUGGGCUCAUGGGCAAGGACUUCCGGAGCGAUCUUUCAAAAUUGCAAAGAUCCUCGGAUCGGAGUCUACGGAUCCCGAAGAAGUGGUCGAAUUUCUCCGAGAAAUUCCCGUGGACAAGCUCGUGGAGGCGCAGACGAAGAUUAUCACUCCAGAGGAAAAUGUGUUUUUAAAUCUACCGAUUGGUCCGGGGGUGGAUGAUAAGUCGGAAAAUCCUUUUCUUCCGCAUCCGGUGGAAAAAUACGCGGAAAAAGGGAUCCAGGUGCCCGUUGUGAUUGGCCAUACCACAAACGAAGGCAUCAUGUUCCUAAAAGGAAUCGACGAACACUCGCUCGACUUGUACGAAAAACAUUUGCAACAAUUUAUUUACAACAACGUGAGCUGGAAGGAUCCGAAAUACGUGUCCGAGUUGGAGAAAACAAUUAGGAAGGCUUAUUUCAACGAUAAACCAAUUGGGAAGGACUUAAUUCAAAAUCUGUCGGAGUUGAUAAGUGACAUUCACUUCGUUAAAGAUAUUAAGGCAAUUAUCAAGACACAGAGGAAGCAGCCGACACCUACUUAUUAUUAUUUAUUUUCAUACCGUGGAGAACAACCCACCAUUACGCAGGCUAUGGGCAAGGGCAAUUACGCAAAAGGUGUCUCUCACGCGGAUGAACUGUCGUACAUGUUUCACAUGCCGCACUUCUUAUCAGAAGACCUGAAACCCCCCAGGCCCGGAAGUCGGGACUGGAUAACGAUGGAACGACUUUUACGACUCUGGGCCAACUUCGCAGCGACUGGGGACCCCACCCCAAGGCAGGACGACCUGAUAGGGACGACUUGGAAGCCGAUUACAGAAGAGGAAGUUAAUAUUUUCGACAUCGGCGAGGACGUUCAGAACAAAGUGGACAUCCCCUCCGAAAGAUACGCCGCCUGGGAACGUUUGCGAAAGAAAUCCAAAAUUUCGGCCUGAUAGUUGCCACCCUAACUGGUGUUAUGGUUUUUUUAAACAUGGGAGAAAAAUCACUUUUUAGAAAAAAAAAGAAUCCUUCGGUGGAAUGGAUUCGCGCAGGGUUUAAAACGUACUUGGCGCAAGACUCUACCGUUCAUACUAUCAACUUUCGCGUGGGAAAUUAAUAAUGUUUCGUAUACGACUUUUGAACAUUGACCAACGACGCAACUUUGCAACAAUGCGAUAUUUUUCAUUGGAACUGUUUCCAGGAAUGAAAAUAUUCGCUUUCUGUUGUACUUCUUCCGAUUUCUGAUUACAAUAUGUCCAUGUUUAGUGAUUAGAAACUCGCAAUCACUUAUUACCCGCUAAAUGGACGGAAAAGUGGAAACUUAGAGAGAGAACAAAAGCGCGAUAAUUAAUUCCUGAUAACCGAGGGGUUAUUAAUGCGGCAUUGCGAGGUAUAAAUACUAAAAGAAAUGA